AUAAUCUGCUACAAAACAAGCCAACGGCGAAUCUUGAGAGUUCAAAAUUCUAUCUCAAAACUUUUUGUGGGAUAGAAACUUGAACUCAAAACAGUUUGUUGUUGAUUUACAGAAGCUCUCUUGUUUUCAAUUAGAUUCACAUAAAACAAUACAGUAAUCAUGGGUUUCAGUGGAACAACAGAGAAAUGCAAGGCCUGUGAUAAGACAGUUCAUUUCAUUGAGAUGAUCACAGCUGAUGGCAUUUCUUAUCAUAAGACUUGCUUCAAGUGCAGUCACUGCGAUGGACGUCUUGUGAUGAGCAGCUAUUCCUCAAUGGAGGGAGUCUUGUACUGCAAACCUCACUUUGAGCAACUCUUUAGGGAGACGGGCAGUUUUGGUAAAAAAUUCCCAUCAUCUGUAGAGAAGAAAAAUGGAUUGGUUAAGACUCCUAGCAAACUGUCCUCCUUGUUUUCUGGCACCCAAGACAAAUGUGCAAAAUGCAAGAAAACUGCAUACCCAUUAGAGAAGUUGAGCGUGGAGGGAGAAUUCUAUCACAAAUCAUGCUUCAGGUGCUCUCAUGGUGGCUGCUACCUAACACCAUCAACUUAUGCUGCUCUUGAUGGUUUCAUUUACUGCAAGCCUCAUUUCGCUCAGUUGUUCAAGGAGAAAGGCUCCUACAGUUAUCUGACCAAGUCUGCCUCAGUAAAGAAGAAUAUUCAGAAUACGGCAGAAGAGAAAACUGAAGAAGGAGAAGAAACCAAAGCAGCAGAAACAGAAGCAGAACCAGAAACAGAAGAGGCUGCAGCAGUUGCACAAGAGCAAUCGUAACCCCCAUAAGAAUAUGGAUGUGAUUAGUCCCUAAUGUUGUCCUUGUUAUAUGGAAAUUGGAAUAGCUAAACUGGGUUUUUUUCCUAGGAAAAUUUUCACUCCAAGCCAACCAUGAAAAUUUCUUGUUUUGAUUGGGGCUUGGAUGUUAAGAUUCUUAACAGUUGCAAGACCAAAACGGGGAAGGUUUUGCAUAUCUUAAUUAUCAGGGACAAGAUGAAGGAAGUUGAAUUUUUCAUUUUUAACUCUUAUGGGUAGGAUUUCCAAAUGGCAGUCAAAUUAAUCUAAUUUGGAGGAGCUAUUGUUUCGUUUUGAUUA